UGCGUGAGGGCCCGUGUUGUCCCCGGGAAGUGGUUUCGGGAAAAAGGAGGCCUCUCCUUCCUCGCUCCCGGAGCAGCGCCCGGAAAACCUGCCUGGGCACACCAGGCUCCUGUGACUGGCUAGAGACAGGGGGAACCGUUGGCUCCCUCCGGGGAAGGCCGGCCAGUUUGUUUUAAGAAGCUUUGUGCGCCCAGUGUUGAGAUUUCUGAUCCAGGCUACGAAGAAUUUCUUAGUCUGGAAAAUAGCAAGUGUGCUUGUUUCUAUAGGAUCUGCUCCUAACCUAGCAUUGCAAACCACAAUGAAGAACCAAGACAAAAAGAAUGGGGCUGCCAAGCAAUCGGGCAACACUUCCAACCCAAAAAGCACCCCAGGGCAACCGGAAGCAGGACCGGAGGGAGCCCAGGGGAGGCCCGGCCAGUCGGCUCCUGCGACAGAAGCUGAAAGUUCCACCAGCCAGGCUCCAGGGAAGACUGAGGGAGCACAAGCCAAAACUGCUCAGUCCGGGGCCCUCCGUGAUGUGUCUGAGGAGCUGAGCCGCCAGUUGGAAGACAUCCUGAGUACCUACUGUGUGGACAACAAUCAGGGGGCCCCAGGUGAGGACGGGGCACAAGGUGAGCCUGCUGAGCCUGAAGAUGCAGAGAAGUCCCGGACCUAUGCUUCGAGGAAUGGGGAGCCUGAGCCAGAGACCCCAGUAGUCAAUGGUGAGAAGGAGACCUCCAAGGGGGAGCCAGGCACAGAUGAGAUCCGGGCAGGUGACGAAGUCGGAGACCGAGACCACCGAAGGCCACAAGAGAAGAAGAAAGCCAAGGGUCUGGGGAAGGAGAUCACGUUGCUGAUGCAGACGUUGAACACGCUGAGUACCCCAGAGGAGAAGCUGGCAGCUCUGUGCAAGAAGUAUGCUGAACUGCUGGAGGAGCACCGGAACUCCCAGAAGCAGAUGAAGCUCCUGCAGAAGAAGCAGAGCCAGCUGGUUCAGGAGAAGGACCACCUGCGUGGCGAGCAUAGCAAGGCCGUCCUGGCCCGCAGCAAGCUCGAGAGCCUGUGCCGCGAGCUGCAGCGCCACAACCGCUCCCUCAAGGAAGAAGGCGUGCAGCGGGCCCGGGAGGAGGAGGAGAAACGCAAGGAGGUGACCUCGCACUUCCAGGUGACGCUGAAUGACAUUCAGCUGCAGAUGGAACAGCACAAUGAGCGUAAUUCCAAGCUGCGCCAGGAGAACAUGGAGCUGGCUGAGAGGCUCAAGAAGCUGAUUGAGCAGUAUGAACUGCGAGAGGAGCAUAUCGACAAAGUCUUCAAACACAAGGACCUGCAGCAGCAGCUGGUGGAUGCGAAGCUCCAGCAGGCCCAGGAGAUGCUGAAGGAGGCAGAGGAGAGGCACCAGCGGGAGAAGGAUUUUCUCCUCAAAGAGGCAGUGGAGUCCCAGAGGAUGUGCGAGCUGAUGAAGCAGCAGGAGACCCACCUGAAGCAGCAGCUUGCCCUAUACACAGAGAAGUUUGAGGAAUUCCAGAACACUCUUUCCAAAAGCAGUGAGGUGUUUACCACAUUCAAACAGGAGAUGGAAAAGAUGACUAAGAAGAUCAAGAAGCUGGAGAAAGAAACCACUAUGUACCGGUCCCGGUGGGAGAGCAGCAACAAGGCCCUGCUUGAGAUGGCUGAGGAGAAAACACUCCGGGACAAAGAGCUGGAGGGCCUGCAGGUGAAAAUCCAGCGGCUGGAGAAGCUGUGCCGGGCACUGCAGACAGAGCGCAAUGACCUGAACAAGAGGGUACAGGACCUGAGUGCUGGCGGCCCAGGCUCCCUCACUGACAGCGGCCGUGAGCAAAGGCCAGAGGCUGCCACUGCCUCCAAGGAGCUGGCUGGCGAGGGGCCUGGGGCCCAAGCACCCAGCUCCCCAAGGGCCACAGAAGCUCCUUGCUGUCCUGGAGCACCGAGCACAGAAGUAUCAGGCCACACAGGGCCCCAGGAGCCCACCUCCGCCACAGCCUAGGGAGCCUGGUGCUAGGGGCCUGCUGGGAAGGGAGCAAGCAGCCCAGCCAGGCCUGGCCCGUGCAAGGCUCCCACCACUAAACAGUCCAGUGCUGAGGCCCAGGGUGCUCUGACCUGGCUGGCAUCUGACACUUUGCAGUUUUGUGGGUCAGUCUUACAUACAUAUGGCAUAUGUGCAAAGGCUCAUACAUUUAUAUCUCUAAGUGUAAAAUGGGCUUGCACUGGAGGUAGAGGUGUGUACAGAUGAAGUCUGGCUCUUCUGUGAGCUGAAGAACCUUAAAGAGGAGCUGUCAUCUGUAGCUGCUAUCGCAGUGAGCUGGCAGAACAAGUGACUUGAGCAUUUCCCUGCCUGAUUCGAGGCUCAGGCCCCUCCCGCCCUGCCCUUCAGGACUCAUGACAAGUGACACACCAGGCCUUGACUGUGUUUCUCUUGUUUGUGGGGCUGGGGCAGCGCUGGCUCUCCUAGCUCCCCUGGAAGCUUCUUUGCUUCUUUUGACCUGGAAAAGGGUUCCCGAGGCAGAGCCUAGGCGGGGCACUCAGAGCUCAUGAUUGAACUGCUUUCCUGCCUAGAACAAGGGACCUGGAGAAUGUUUCUGUGUGGGAUGAUGCGCUGGUAGGGAGCCCCUCAGGCCCCACUUCCCCUGCCCUCUGGUAUUGCCAGGACCAGGCCAGUGAUGCUUCUCGGUAGCCUUAUCAUUCACAGGUGCCUCUCUAGCCUGCACACAUGAUUGACAAGAGAUCACCCAAAAGAUUCUUUCUGAAGGGUUGUUUUUUUUUCUUUUUGCACAUGACAGUGUAUUGGGGGUCUUCUGAGGAAGGAUUAGGGGUGCUGUAGCAGUGGUGCCUGGUUCCUGUGCCUCACCACCCUUACCACCCCACCUGGCACCUUUGCCAUGUUGGUGCUGAGGUUUCCUGUUUGAUAAAAUCAGGUUGUAGUAAGAAAGGAACAGGCUUCUGAUGGCUUUGCCACUAGCUUGCCUAUGGAUUUCAGUCCUGGGAGGCCACCGCUGGUUUCCAUCACCACUGUCUCCAUGCGGCAGUUCUCAUGCCCUCUUGGCUUUAUGAGUCUAUUUCUGCUUCCUGCCCUCACCUUUCCCACCCCCAAUGUGCAAUGGUGGAGAUUUGCCCUGGUUCCGUUGCCCCAGAGCUGAGGUAUGUCCUCCUUGACAUCCCACUUCUUCCUAUGUGGGAGCCCCCACCUGUUACCCGCCAGCUAAGGGAUAAGAAUGAGACUCAACAAUUGACUGAGCCCCAGAAAUCCGCAGAACGGCUGCAGAUAUUUAUGUCUUUUCUCCAACCACUGCUCCCACCCUGCCCGUACCUUACAUGUGCUACUCUAUACUCUGAAAGUUCUGGUUGCAAACUUGCCAGGGCAUUAGCCAGUCUUUAUAGAAAGCAACUUUUGAGUCUUGGAUCAGGAGGCAGAGCUCUGUAGGGCUCGUGGUACUGUGUCCCAUCUGCAGCUUCAGUGUCGCUGAGGGGGGCCACAAACCAAGAUGAUGAUGGUUGAGCUUUUGCUUCUUGCUGUAUUUCCUUGAAGUGAGUUCCUUAUCCUACGGUCCCUUCAUCUUCCACAACCAGCCCACUCUUUCAGCCCUUAUUUAAUCCCUCAGGUAAAUAGGUUCGUGAAGAGUGUUAAGUACUCCUGGAUCGUGUUAUGACUUAGACCAGAGAUGGCAAAUAGAUGGCACACCAUCAUCCCUCUGCCCCCAUGGUAGGUACACUAACCUGUUUAAGAGUGUUUCCCACUAAUCCCCAGGAUAUCCUCAUUUCUCAAGAUUCCUCCCGCAGCCAGUGUAAGUGUCGAGGCCUAUUUGCCAUCCCUGGCUGAGAUACUGCUCUCCUGUGGAGAAGUGUUUCCUAAGAUCUUUUCCUCCCCUCUGCAGUGCCUGUGUCUGAAAUUGUCCCUGAACAUGCCUCUUCCAGCUCCAGUAAGGCCUUCUCCCUCCCCCAGCCCCUAUGCCAGUCUGAUGUACAUAAGAGCUGCCAACCCCAAACAGGGUUUGCUGGGCUAUGGAAGCACAGGGAAGAGGCAGAAGCUUCUGUCUGCCCCCUCUAAAGAGAGCAGGAAGGCCUGCAGUGGCCCCUGAUUGCCUGCCUCGCUUCAGCUACCUCUUAAAGCCCAUGGGGUGGGAGUGGGGAGCUGUUGGAGCCCAGUGUGGUGCUGAGGAGGUCACAGCUGCACAGCACAGCAGCCCUCUGAGACCACGUCUAGCUACUGUGGAGCUAACAGUAGGCAGGGUGGAACCUUCACUCUCAGCUCCAGCCAUCCCUAGACAUCCAGCCUAGGCUAUAGAUGGGGAUCCCAUUCUUCCUCUUUCUCCUUCUCCAUUGACCAAAUCUUACCACUCACUACAGCUGCUCUGCUUGCUCUGCUUUCCAAAGUCAGCCCAGGUACCUGGGUGCUGCCCACACCAGCCAGGAGCCUGGGCCAGAUGCAGAGGAGGUGGCCUAUCGGUGAAUGAAGGCCAGUGCCGUCCUUACUGCGGCAGGUCCCAUGCACAUGACCUCAGUUUUAGGACCAAGAGCUGUGUUGGUGUCUUAGGUUGCUAGCUUUUUCUCCAGAGGACCACAACAGGUGAGGCUCACAGCCCAGAGCCCUUGGCUCUGCUGACAGUAGUUUGUGUUCAGGACCUUGUCCAGCUUAGAGCUUUGUGUACACCAGAUCAUGAGAGGUGUCAGCAGCACUUUUUGUUUUGUUUUGUUUUCCGUGAGGUUUUUGGACCAUGGGCUGAGCUCAGGCACUCUCUGUAAGAGAAUGUUAUGUCUGCAAAGAUGGUUAUUUCCUCUUCUUCACCCACGUCAUGGUGGCCCUGCUGAGAGCUGACCAGGAGGCCAGGGGAGCUGCCCUGCUGUCUAGUGGGGAGGGCCAAGGCCUGCUGAGCUGAUCCUCCAGCUGCUGCUCCAGCCCUCCCACCUUGCACAGCACAGAAGUGGUCACCCCGGGGACAGCCAGGCACCUGCCUGGGGGAGGGGUGCUGCCUUCUGUCCCUAUAACUGCUUCCCUUAUGGCCCAGCCUGGCCGCCCAGAUUUGUUUGAAGCUGUGCUGACAGCUUUUUUUUUUUGUCUCCUUUUGGUAUUCACAACAGCCAGGGACUUGAUUUUGAUGUAUUUUAAACCACAUUAAAUAAAGAGUCUGUUGCCUUA